UUCAUUUUGGUUUAAAUGGAGAAUCACAGGUGAUGGAACAAGAAACGGAAAUUCGGGGUUCAAGAAUGUGUUAUCCUAAGGAUCAAAAUGAAGCUUAUUUUCAUUGUAAAAUCCUUAAGUUGCAACAAGAAGGUAGCACUCAGCAUAUUUCAUUAACAGAGGAGGUAGGCAUCAAUGGCCAGUCUCCAAUGCAACAUCCUAAGAAACGUAUUAUCGAUCUGAGAGAGAUUAGAGAGACUCGGAUUAGUACAUUAACCCAAACUUCAGAUGUCUUAGAUGAUGAGAUUCUUGAUAUUGAACGGAGUGAUGAAGAUUCCGGUCUUCAAUGGAACAUAACUGACUCUGACUAUCCAUUCUGCUCUUCUCGUAUGCAAGAAGUUCCACAAUCUACUAAUAGGAAAAGUAUAAAGCAACGACUCGGUCGAUCUUGUCGAGUUAAUUAUCUCGAUCAUCAACAUAGGAAAAACAGAAAGCAACGAUUGAGCCCCCCUUAUCAAGCUCAUCGUAGCAGGAGAAGUAUAAAGCAGCGCUUAGGUCCACCUUGUCAAAAUCAUAAUCCAAUUGGAAGGCAUAAAACGAGGAAACCAAUGAAAGAAAAUGAGAAUAAAGUUCAUAUUCCAACUGCUAUGCCUAGGAUUGAAAAGCAUAAAGUGAGAAAACAUGUGAAGGGAAACGUUAGUGAGUCUCACAAAGGGGUUCAUGCUCGAGACGAUGUUUUGCAUUCUACGAAACGUGGAAGGACUGAGCCACCCGAGGACUCUGAUGAGUUCAAGCAAUUAGUACAUGGCGCUUAUGUUAAAUUUAUCAAAGCUUUGAAUGAGAAUCCAGCUCAAAGAAGGAAAUACACCGAUAAAGGAGAAACCAAGAACUUAAAAUGCUGUGUAUGUGGCAGCAAAUCUGAAGAUUUCGUUGAUAAUGUAAGCUUAGUAAUGCAUGCCUUUACAUCUCGGCGGAAUAGAGUAGAGCACUUGGGUUUGCACAAAGCGCUUUGUCUUUUGAUGGGAUGGGGACUCGAUGGCUGUUUCUAAUUGUUUAUGGACCCCGAAGGCGUUGGCCUGCGCUGAAGCCUUGGCUAUGAAAGAGGAUCUUGUUGUUUGGCCUCCGGUUGUCAUCUUGCAUAACAGUUCUAUUGGUACAACUAUUUCUGAUGACCGAAUUAUAGUAAGUAUCGAGGAGAUUGAGGCAUUUCUCAGAGGUAUGGGGUUUGGCCGGGGGAUAUCGAAGGUCUGUCGUGGGAAACCUGCGAAUUGGAGUAUUAUGGUAGUGAUCUUCCAUGGAACCAUUUCAGGGCUACAAGAUGCAGAGAGACUCCAUAAUAUGUA